GUGAAAUUAUACAAAGUGAACAAUUACAUAUAUCGGGUCAAUAGUACAAACACAGAUAAAUACAGCGGUGACAAUUCCUAGUCAAGUGGACAAACACUGGAGAAACCAUCAAACCGGCACGUUCAAUCAACAACAACAACACAGGAUAUAAAGUCGCAGCAGGUUACAAUAAUUUACUAAACUAACAUAGAUUUACAUAUAUGUAUAAAGUAACACAAUUAGUUAUUGUUAAUAACACAUACACACACCCAUAUACAUAUUUAUAUAUACACGAUUAAAUCAGCAUUUUUAUAACGUUUGAACUCCAAUUAAUCGUCUUUUUAAUUACUCGAAAUCGGCCCCAUACGUCGACAUACCCCGACAUUUUUGGUCCUAUCGAGCCGCGAUAAUUAAAAGAAAAAGACUUCGUGGGAAUUUUAUCAACAACAUCAUCGUUGGAACACCAAACCCAAAAGUUAAAAGAGUGCACCCAGCAAACAACAAGCCUGUAAGAUAAUCAACAAAUACCCAAACGAAUAACUCAAACCCAAAACAAAACGAAAUUAACAAAAAGCGGAAAAACUUGAAAUGGCCCCAACAAUCACCAACUCACCCAAACCUCGUUCUAUGAGCCCAACAAUCACCAACUCACCCAAACCUCGUCGCAUGAGCUCAGCAAUUAGCAUCCGGUCCCGUAGCGCAACCCGCAGCAUUACACCGAUUUCGGAAGACGAAACGAUGUCCCGACGCAUUCAACGUUUCAAGUCGACCCUUCCCACUAUUCGUGAAGAAAAGGAAUGUGAUGAUCGCACAACACGGAAAACGAUCUCACAUCGAAGAAAACACACAUCAUCCCGUCAUGUCGCUUGCGGAAUAUGCAAGAAAGACCACCGUCUAGUGACUUGCGCUACGUACUCGGCAUAUAACAUAAACAAAAAAUACGAAGCAGUAAUCAAAUACAACUACUGCGUUAAUUGCUUAGCCAGGUCGCACAAGACAGGAGGAUGCACCAGCAAAAAUAGAUGUUCCGUUUGUCAUGGGAAACAUCAUUCAUCCCUACACGGACAUCCGAGGCUAUACCCGACCAACGAUGCCAAUGUUGUGGAGAAACAUCCACUUGCAAUAGAGACCCGACUACCAUCCUUACUGGCUAAGCAGACCCUAGUACCCACAUUGAAGAUACGAUUAAGAUGCGAUGGUGAAUGGCAUAAAGUUCGAGCCAUUUUAAACCCUACCCUCAAAAUCACGAAUAUAGCAGCUGAACUCGUCAAACACUUAAAACUGCCAAUUACAUACCUUAACACGUAUCGUAUUUGUAGCAUACAAAUCAGCUCAAAUAAUGACACAAAGUUUUCUCUGGAAUGUAACGCAGUUAUCACCCACAAGCUACCCAAAAAACCCUAUGAGCGAGAUCUAAGCGACGAUGUGCAAAUGCGCUUUGAACACUUAGUUCUCGCUGACCCUCAAUUCCACAGCAACAGGGAGAUAACGUUGGAGAUUGGAGCAGAUGUGUACCCUCAAAUCAUCAGAAAUGGACUAUUCAAACCCGAUAAUGGUACGGUGGUAGCGCAGAACACAGCAUUUGGCUGGACCCUUACUGGCACCAUCUAACCAUAAGUAUAUUGCUGAUAAAUACUCAAAAAAAAUCUCAAUUUUUCAAUACCCAAUCAGUUACCCUAUUAAUACUCAAUUAUUUCGCAGAUUCUGCAAGGUGGCCGGGAUGUUUAAUCCAAACAAAUACUCCUCUGCAUUACUCCCACAAAUUACAAAAAGUAAUAGAGGCGUAAUGUAGAGGAGUAUAAACCGCCCCAACUUCACGCAACAGGCGAAAAAGGAGGAACGAAGGAGACGAUUUUCCCGCGCUUUCACCAAAAAGAGUAUUAUUAUCCCGCCAGCAGCAGCGAUAUAACACAACACAUAGCGAACAUAUAAGCGACAACAAGUGAAAUACACAGUGAAUACAAAACAUAAGUGAAUACGAGGAAAACAUUCAGUGAAAUUAUACAAAGUGAACAAUUACAUAUAUCGGGUCAAUAGUACAAACACAGAUAAAUACAGCGGUGACAAUUCCUAGUCAAGUGGACAAACACUGGAGAAACCAUCAAACCGGCACGUUCAAUCAACAACAACAACACAGGAUAUAAAGUCGCAGCAGGUUACAAUAAUUUACUAAACUAACAUAGAUUUACAUAUAUGUAUAAAGUAACACAAUUAGUUAUUGUUAAUAACACAUACACACACCCAUAUACAUAUUUAUAUAUACACGAUUAAAUCAGCAUUUUUAUAACGUUUGAACUCCAA